UUUCUGCAUUGCUUAGCAAAUUAUGUUAUAUAUGAGUAUAUAUAUUAAUAUUAUUAUUCAUUCAUUCAUGGAUUUAUCUUAUAUAAGCCCAACUUGGGCUGGAGAAUUGAACCCGCUAUAUUAUAUCGAGACACUUAAGGGUGGAAAAAUAAUAGAAAAUAUACCUUUUACACAAAAAAAAUUAUUCUUAAUUUUUGGAAGAUGUGAGAACUCAGAUAUAAGACUUGAAAAUCCUUCUAUAUCCAGAUAUCAUGCAAUAAUUCAAUAUUGUAACAAGAAUGUUGAUAAUAAAUUUCCUGGAUAUUAUAUUUAUGAUUUGAGAAGCACUCAUGGAACUUAUUUAAAUAAAAAUAAAUUAGAACCACAGAGAUAUUAUCGACUCCAUGUAGGUUAUGUGAUUAAAUUUGGUGCUAGUUCAAGAUUAUAUAUUUUAAAUGGACCAAAUGAAGAUCAAGAACAAGAAUAUGAUAAUAUCGAAGUUGCAAAACUAACUAAUGACAUGAGUGAAGACGAUAUUAGUUGGGGAAUUAAAGAGAAUAUAGAGGAUGAAAUAUAUGCCCAUACUAAAAAAGAUAUUGAUUCGGACUUAAUAAAUGAAAGCCAUUUUGUUAAUGACCCCAAAAAAUAUCUAAAAAUUUUUUUUGAAAACCAAGGUGAAGAAUUUGAUUUCGAAAUUAAGGAAAUAAAUACAGAUAUUAAAAAAUUUCAAUGCAAUUUAAUACUUAAUUUUGAUGAUCUAAUGUUAGCAACUAAUGAAUCAGAAAGGUUAAUAGAAUUCACAAGUUUUUCAAAGAAGGAUGCUAUUAAUAUGUGUUGUUUAGCUGCAUGUAGAUUGUUGAAUAUGCAUGGCAUAUUAAAAAAUCCCAACAAAUCAAGAAAAAUAACCGAACGCGAAUUAAAUGUACGAAAACUCAUUAGCGAUGAUUUUUAUGAGAGUGAUGAAGACGAAUUUAGCGACAGAACAGGUAUAUUACAAUGCAAAAGAGAAAUGAGAAGGAAGAGACUAGGUCAUUUUAGCACUGAAGAUGUAGCAAAUUACGGCGUUUUAGUUGAAAAUAGUAUCGGUACAAAUCAGGGCAGUAAAGGUGAGGGUUCUCAUACCUAUGAAUCCCUUAAAACGACAAUUAAUGAGAUUGAGAAGGAAUUAAAAGAAUUAGAUAUCUUGAUAGAAAACAUUGAGAACCCUACGAGAUUAGAGGAUAAUAUUUUACAUGUUGAUGUAUUUGAAAAAAAUAAUAACGAUCUAAUUAAAAACUCAGGAGAAUCGGACCCCCUAGACCUUUAUAUGAAUACUAUUAAAAAGAUUUCGAAAAUAGGGCCUAAAUUUAACCCCAGCCAAUCAAUAUUGCUUUCACUAACCCAAAAAAAGAACAGUUUACUUAAGUCCAAAGAAAUAUACGACAAGAUGCGUAAGAUAGCUGAACCAUCCACUAAUGUUAAAAAAAUGUUUUAUGCUAACACGCCAACAACCUUAUCUACUGCUGAUGAUCAUGUCGUGACAAAAGAAAUUAUUAGUGAUGGUGAAAUGUUAUUACAUAAGAGCCCGAGUUUAGACUCAAGUGCUAAAACGCCCUGUAAGGAAAAAGAUCAUGAUUUCGUGGUGCCUCCAAUACCUACCUCAAAUACAAAAAGGCAAAGAAUGACUAGCAAUAGAAAGUCUUUUGAAAGCGAAAACAAUAAUAAUUAUAUUAGUCUAUUAAAAAAUGAUAAAAUAGACAUCGUUAAAAAAAUUGUCACGGAUAAUCAAAACCUUGAAUCUAAAAAGACCAAAAUUUAUGGAUGCGAAUGGAAUCCCAAACUACUAGAAUGAUAAUUCAAAUGUCCGAAAUCUAUAUAUAGAUUAAUUAGCCAAAUUCGUUUUAAUUAAUAAAUUAUAUUUCAACACUUAUACAUGAUGUGAAUUUCUAUUUAUAUAAAUAUAGUUAUGAUAUACAAAUUUUGUAUUUCGAAAUUUAA